AUGGAUGUCCUCAGGCCUCCCAACAAUGUGACUGAAUUUGUUCUCUUGGGACUCACACAGAAUCCACACGUGCAGAAAAUACUCUUCAUUGUCUUUCUGUUCAUUUUCAUCUUCACUGUGCUGGCCAACCUGCUCAUUGUCAUCACUAUCUCCCUCAGCCCCACACUUUCUGCUCCCAUGUACUUCCUUCUCACUUACUUGGCCUUAUUAGAUGCCUCCUUCACAUCUGUUACCACCCCCAAAUUGAUUGUUGACCUAUUUCACCAAAGGAGAAUCAUCUCGUGGCGAGAAUGCAUGACUCAGGUCUUUUUAGAACACUUCCUGGCAGCAUCAGAGGUGAUCAUCCUCACUGUUAUGGCCUAUGACCGCUACGUGGCCAUCUGCAAGCCUCUGCACUACACGACCAUCAUGCGACAGGGGCUCUGCCAGCUCCUAGUGGUGGUGGCCUGGAUUGGGGGAAUCCUUCAUGCCACUGUGCAGAUUCUUUUCUUGAUGGACUUGACCUUCUGUGGUCCCAAUGUAAUUGACCACUUCAUGUGUGAUUUCUUCUCACUGUUGGAACUUGCCUGCAGUGACACCUACAUACCUGGAAUCGUGGUGGCAGCUAACAGUGGGGGCAUGUGCUUACUCAUUUUUUUCAUGUUACUCAGUUCCUACAUAGUCAUUCUGAGCUCCCUGAAAUCCCAUGGCUCUGAAGGACGACACAAAGCCCUCUCUACAUGUGGCACCCACUUUACAGUAGUGGUGCUCUUUUUUCUGCCUUGUGUGUUCACCUACACACGUCCUGUGGCCACUCAUCCUGUGGACAAGUGGGUGACUAUGUUCUCGGCAAUCGUCACUCCCAUGGUAAAUCCUAUCAUUUACACAGUGAGAAACACAGAGGUGAAAAAAGCCAUGAGGAAUCUGUGGAAGAGGAGAGUAGUUUAG